AUGAGAAAUGGGCGAUAUUUUUCAGCGAAAUCCAUUCUCAAGUUCGGGAUCCAGGCAAUCCAAAGGAUCAGGGCUCUUCAUGAACUAGGAUACGUUCAUAGUGAUAUUAAGCCGGAAAACUUUUUGAUCGGAGACACGGACCCCAACUGCAUAUAUUUGAUCGACUUUGGUCUUUCAAGGCAAUUUAUAAACACAACGACUGGCGAGUUUAGAAGUCCGUAUCAGCCAAAGUAUCGUGGAACGGCAGCGUACUGCUCUCUAUUCGUGAACAUGGGAUACGAGCAUGCGCGGCGAGAUGAUUUAAUCAGUUUAGGGCAUACAAUGAUAAGUAUAUUGGAGAGAAACCAGCUCCCGUGGUUUGGCACUUUGCGGGACUAUCUGCGGCUGGUGAGGGAAAGCGAUAGCAUAGAAAAUAGAUCUAGACCUCUUCACAAAAUCGCCGCUGCAGCGCAAAAAGCGACAUCGAUAGAAGAACUCUGCCAUCGCAUGCCAAUGAUGCAGAGAUUCUUUGAAUACUUAUAUGGUUUGAACUACGAAGACAGGCCGGAAUACGAAUAUCUUGAAGGGAUCCUUUCCGAUGGUCUUGCAAGCUUUGAAGCAGACCUUUCCAACAAUCUAAUCACAUGA